AUGAGUGUAAAUGAACAACAGUGCUUUAUCCAUCAGGGCUGUGUGCUCUGUCUACAAACAUCAUCAGAGAGUACCACUAUGUGAAGAUGUUAAAGACCUGGGCUGAAGCUCAGAGCUACUGCAGAGACACCUUCACUGACCUCGCCACUGUGCACGACAAAGAGGACAACGACAGGCUGAUGAGAGUCCAGGAAGGCCACGGAAAAUAUGCCUGGAUAGGGCUUUAUGAUGACAUUAAAGGAUGGAAGUGGGCGCUGGGAGAUAAAGACUUAAACGAUGAAUUCAGCAACUGGAGGGAAAAUGAGCCAAACAAUAUGAUGUCCAAGCAGGGCUGCGUCGUGAUGACACAGGACGGGUUUUGGGAUGACAAUAGCUGUAUGAGAACUCGUCCUGCAGUCUGCUACAAUGAAAAAGGUCCUUCCAGGUACAUUUUAGUGGAAACUCAGAUGACUUGGAUGGAGGCUAGGACACACUGUAGGUCCAGCUACACAGACCUGGUCAGUGUGAGGAACAUGUCUGAGAAUAAUAACAUCUCCUCACUGCUCUCAGUAGCCACUUGGAUCGGUCUCUCUCGAAGGACGUGGGCUCGCUGGUCUGACAAGACCCGCAGGACCUUCACUAACUGGGACACGAACCAGCCCGACAACAGUGGGGUCACUAUGACAUCAUGCACUGCAGUCAACACAAUCACAGGAACAUGGUUCGAUGCUGACUGUGAGGCAAGGAACCAUUUCAUCUGUCAAACGGUGUCUUAUCCACCUACUCAGCACAAAACAACCCUGAAGUUAAAGUUCCGGUCUGAGGCGGACCUGAAUGACCCGGCUGUUCAGCAGCAGAUGUUGGAGCAGCUGCACGCUAAACUGGAGAAACGUGGAUUAUCAGACUUUAAACUCAGCUGGAUUCAGACAGAUGGGCAGACGUUUCACAAGGAAGAGAAGAAGAAGAAGAAGAAAGACAAAGGGUCGUGUGGCUGAGCGGUGAUUGUGCAGAGGACAUUUAACUGCUGCUGUGACACAAUGUUUCAGUUCUAUGUUUAGUUUAAGUGUCACUGUGGACUCUCUACACCAUCAGGGGUAAUCAAUACGUUUUGUGUGUUAAUGUGUUUGGUUGCAGUACAUUAUAUAUCAUUUGUCUGUGUUGUCCAUUUUUAUUACUCAAAAUAUUUAUUUCACAGGAUUUUUUUGCUUGUUUUCAGCGUAACAAAAUGUCCUGCCUGUGACUUCAGAGCAUGUAGUGAGAGAAAUAUAAACAUAUUUUUGUUUAUGUCAUAUUUAAAUGUUUUAUGAGCGCUUGCUGAGUCCUUUGAAAUCUGAAUCGUUUAACGCUUGAUGUCUGAAAGUCUCUUCCGGCUUUGAAAGAUGUGACUGUGUUAGUGAUCAGCAUCGUAGUUCAUCAGCUCUGA